AUGAAAAUUUCCAGACGUCGUCUUCGCGCUUCAUCUUCCCGCAUGUAUCAAGUCGUCAAUUCCACAAAACUAUACAUUCCAUCGGUUGAAAUUGGACUCUGGGGUGGCGAAGUGAAAGCUAAGCUUAAAUUCGAUCAGCUCGAAAAAGAGUACACGCUGAAAUUCAAGAAAAAUCAGACGGGCGGAACUCAAAUUUGCCAGGAUUUUCGAGAGGAUGUGUUCGUUGAGAACUCGGAUUACAUGGUUGAAGGGAUCGACUGGUUCAGACAGAUGUGUCUCCAGAAGAACGUCACAAUCGGACGGUUGGAAAUUGAAGCGAUUUUCAAUCCGCAGAAAGUGGAAAAAACACUCGAUUUGGUUCUGAGGAAAAGUGAAACUCCACUGAAAAUCAAAUCGAUUUUUUGUGUGGGAAUGACAACUGCUGAUAUUAUGUGGAAGAUUAUGCAUUAUUCUGAUAAGAAAGUUUUAAAAGAGAUGAAAGUGAAACAUCGGAAAGCGCGGUCAUUAGUUUCCUCCGAGAUACCAAUGGUUUUCGACUUGUGCAGAAAUUUGAAGAAGAUUGAGAUGGAGUGCACAUGCAUUGUCUCCGAUGAAGACCUCCUGGCUCUCAAUGCAUCUGUCAUCGUCUUGAAAUUCGAGAACUUCAGUGAAGAUCUGAUCUACAAACUCAUCGAGAAGUUCACAAACAGAAGAGAAGAGGGAUCUGCAUUCUGGAUCGUUGACUCGAAAUGGGCGCAUAGAAAACAAAAGCUGUCUUUCAAAGCGAUUCCACCAGGACUCGAGAAAGUGUUUUGUCAAAAUGGAUACGAAAAUUACCAACUCAUCGACACCAACGAGCCGACCGUCUACCUUCGUCUCAGUGACUGUGAAGUUAUCCUCGAGAUUGGAGACACCAGUAAAGCGGACUUCUGGAUUGAUGAUCCAGAUUAUGAUGAUAGAGCGUUUGAUGAAUCGGAUUCCGAGGACGAUGAAGACGAGUUCUAA